GUAUAAACAAGUACUCCCUUUGAUAAGAUUACUAAUGUUUCAAAUGUAUUUUGUUUUUCAAUAUACACAUAUACACACACAUGAAUCAUAGUGUGAUUCAGAUUGCCUGUUCGCACAAUAACCAAAUUUAAUUGUUAAAGGCCCAAAGAUGGCAACUCACGCGGAAAAGGACUUUCUUCACCUGAAUGUGAGUGUGCACAAAGCGCUCAAGGGUAUAGAAGCUCCGCUGAAAUCGAAGCAUGCUCGCUCCAUUAUCAUCAUCAUACACAGAUCAAAGGAGGCGCAAACAUUUUGGUCGCUUAUAACUCGACAGCCGAUUAUGGAAAAUAGAUUUACGGCCUGGAAGUUUUGCCAUCUAUUGCAUAAGGUGUUGAGGGAAGCGCACAGAUGUGUUCUACAGCAAUCGCAGAAACAUCAGAAAAUGAUUUUGGAGAUUGGCAAGUCCUGGGGUCAUCUGCACGAUGAUAUCGGCUAUUGCAUCAAAGCAUAUAGCAAGCUCCUGGUAACCAAGCUCAACUUUCAUGAUAAGAAUCGUUUCUAUCCUGGAAACCUGAUUAUACCAUUUUCUGAAAUAUUAAAAGCUUCAGAUAGGGAUUUAAAUUACUGCUUUCAAUUGUGCGUGGAAAUCUUCGAUUAUUUGGAGGAUAUCAUUGCUCUGCAAGUGGCAAUAUUUUCUUCUAUAAAUACCUAUAGGAUAUCAUCGAUGACACAACCAGGCCAAUGUAGGCUAGCCCCUAUGAUAACCCUCAUACAGGAUUCAAAUGCCUUGUAUGAUAUUAGUGUUCGCAUUAUGUUUAAACUACAUGAAAAAUUGCCCAACGAUGUGCUUUACGGUCAUAGAGAGAGAUUCGCUGGCAUAUUUGCCAAAUUGAAGCUGUUUUAUAAUAAUGUGAGACCAUUACAAUACUUUAAUGACCUCAUUACGGUUCCACAAUUGCCCGAUCAGAGUCCGAACUUUAAGUCGCAGGUCGAGUUUGGUAGCUACGUGCCACCUGUUGUGGUUGUUCCAUUAGAGCCAGACCCCGUUGUAGAUGACCUUAUAGAUACCAACUUUCCUAAUGCUGAGGACAAUACGGAUCAUGUUCAACAAGAUCAAAUCUUAAAUGCACGUAUAAACGCCUUGGAAAAUAUAGUCGAAGAUAAAAGCGAUAUGAUAAUACAACUAACAGCCAAGCUGGAUGAGUGGAAACAUAAUUAUGAGAGUUUGGAACAGAGUUAUAAACAAGAUGUUCUUGACCUUCAAAGGAGUAAUACCUCAUUAUGCAACGAAUUGGCUUCUGUUAAAGAAAUGUGUUCGAAUAUGCGCAUGGAAAAAGAUGAUCUAGAACUACAGUUGACCAAUAAUCACAUUAUAAGUCAAAAGGUAGUCGAAGAGGAGGAGAAACAAAAGUUAUCAUCCGAAAAGUUCAACAAGUUAAAAGUUAUGUACACCCAAAUAAGAGAUGAGCACAUUAAUUUACUACGACAGCACAGCGAUCAUUCCAAAUCUUUAAACAAAGAAAAGCAACUUAAUUCAGAAUUAUUGUUGCAAAUAAAAGAGCUUAACAAUGAAUUGUUAAAAAACAACGAGACUAUAGAGUGCGAUAAAGCAAAUAACCUCAAGCUCUUACAGCAAAUCGAAGAGCUUAAGGCUGAAAAUGCAAGACUUGAAACAAGUGGCAAAGAGUUAGAAAGAAAAUAUGAGGCUAGAAUAAAUGAAAAAGAAAAUGAAAAUCUUGAUUUAUGUUCAAAGGUAAAUAUAUUAAAAGAUACAAAUAUUGAGCUUGACAGUGUUAAAUUAGUUUUGCAAGAAAAAGAAGCAAAACUUGCAGAAGCUGAAAAUUUAUUGCUUAUUAAAAAUAAGGAAUUUACCGAAAGCCUUCAAAAGUCUGAAGAUAAAUACUUACAACUCUCAACUGAACACAAACAACUACAAGAAACACUUCAUCGAGAUGCCCAAGCUUUGCGUGCAACAUUGGAUGCAACUGAUCUAAAACUUAGGCAAAAAGAAAUCGAGUUGGAGGAGCUGGAGGCAAGUUUAACACUAUUGAAGGAUGAAAAGAUCAUAUCGAAUAAACUUUCAUUGGAUAUGAAAGAUAAACAGAGUCAACUCGAAAAUGAUUUAAUUCAAGCAUUAACCAAAGUGGAUUCCAUUACAGUAUCACAUAAACAAAGUGAAGAUAAAUUGCUGGCAAUGAGAAAGUUAACCAUACAGACUGUGAAAGAUCUAUGUGUUUCCAAAUUGAAUGAAGGAGCUCAGCAACCAUUGGAAUUUGUACCAAAAUUAUCCUCGCAAAUCGAAGCAUUGCUAAACAAAUUGGGAACUUCUGCUCACAUGCCAAUUGAUGAUUGCGUUGCCAAGAUACAUGACAUUUUACAUUUAGGAUAUUAUUUUAUAGAACUCUACGAACAAUGUGAUAUAAUUUAUACAACAACAACGGACAUCGAAAAGGGAGAAGAUGUUUUAAAGAAAGUGCGUUCCAUAUGGCCAGAUCUUCUCAAGCUAAUCGAAGUUGUUGAAAAUGAUGAUAAAAGUCGCCAAUUUGAGUCUCUUGCAAAGGAAAUAAAAAAGAACUUAAAUGGCUUAAAUGAGGUGGUGCAGGGUAUACUGAAUAACUUUGAGAAGAGCGUGGAUCUAGAUAAGCUAAUCGAAAUAGAGCUGAAGGAGAUGGAUGCUGCCAUCGAGGAGGCUGCUUCCAAGAUAAUUAACCUACUCUCCAAGUCCCGGGAAAACGACAACAAAAUCAAACUCGAAGUAAAUGAGAAAAUCUUAGAGGCAUGCACAGCUCUAAUGGAGUGCAUAAAAAUAUUAAUCUUAAAGUCGCGUGUGCUACAACAAGAAAUCGUUUCUUCCCAAAAAGGCAAUGCGACAGCCAAUGAAUUCUAUAAGCGCAAUAGCCAAUGGUCAGAUGGCUUGAUAUCGGCUUCAAAGAGCGUGGCCAAAGCUGCAAAUUAUCUUGUCGACGCAGCCAACAAUGCAGUGAACAGUGAAUCGGGCCAGAAUUUUGAAUUAAUUGUUGCUGCUCAAGAAAUCGCAGCCUGCACCGUUCAACUGGUAAUCGCAAGCAAAGUGAAGGCAAAUCGGAAUAGUGAAAAUUUGGUGAACUUGACCAACGCAUCGCGUGAUGUGACCAAGGCAACUGGAGUCGUAGUAGCCACUGUAAAGGAUGGAAAUGCUCGACAGGAGCAACAGCAGGAUAAUGAUUUGCGCAACCUAACACCAUCUCAACUUAAGACUAUGGAAAUGGAAAUUCAAGUUAAAGUAUUAGAACUGGAGCAAUCUCUGCAAAGCCAGCGCUUAAAGUUGUCGGCAUUCCGCAGAGAGCAUUACCAGAAAACAGAGUACUAAUGAUAGCCCAACAAUAUACACUUUGUUAUUAUAUUGAUCAUUUAUUUACUUAAAUAUACUAAUUUUKUAUUCA